UUGUCAAAACCCCUGGCACACAUCUUACAUAGGAACAAUAAGGAAGCAAGUAAGUGAGUGAGGAGGUCCGAAAUGGAGUCUAAAUGUUUCUGUUGCUUUGCCUUUUUCAUCACAGUCUACAUAACAGGAGUCACCUCUGUGAGUCUGAUUCCAUCUGCGAAUCCUCUGGCUGUGGGAGAAAAUGUCACUAUUACUCUAAAUCCUCAGAUGAACAUCACUGUUGGAAGUUGGUUGUUAGGUGGGAACAUCCUGGUGACUUUUUACCCAGGUGGUAUUGCAGUGAAUGACAGUUACAGAGGGCGAAUUUCAUUGAACACAUCCACAAGUCAGAUCUCUCUGUACUCAGUACAAGUGAGUGAUUCUGGUCUCCUUGUACUGCAAGCCUUUAUCCCGACUGUAAACGCGCAACUUCAAUUGUCUGUCCAGGAGAAAAUCACGAAUGUGUCUCUGACAGUAAGUAACACAAACCUGGUGGAGUUUAAUGACAGUGUCACAUUCACCUGCACUGCCAGUGGCACACCAUUAGUGUACACAUGGUAUAAUGGCAGUUCAGAGGUCACAGCUGCCAAGGCUCAACUCAUUAAUAAUGGAGGUGGUCUGGUUAUUAACAAUGUAACAAGAUAUGACACUGGGCCUUUCCACUGUUCUGUGGCGAAUAACAUCAGCAGUGAAGCAAGCAGUUCAAUUUAUCUCAAUGUCAGCUAUGGUCCCAGCAACCUGACAAUGACAGUUCUGCCAAACAGGGUGCAGUACAUUUCAGGAUCCAACAUCACUUUGUCCUGUUCUUGUGACUCUGUACCUUCCGCAUUAAUCCAAUGGUCAUACGAUGGCAUUUCACUAAAUACUAUUAGCCCAACCCUUCAGCUUAGCAACAUCUCACAGAACCAGACAGGAGAUUAUGCCUGCAUUGCCUAUAACAAUGUAACUCUCAGAUAUGACACAGUCACCAGAACUCUCAACAUCACUGACCCAUUAUCGGCUGUUCCAAUUGUGACUCUUGGUGAACCACCAAUAUACAACAAUUCGUUUGCCCUGACCUGUGACAUCACAGGACCCGUGGACUCUGUUUACUGGAUAAAAGAUGGCGUGCACCUGUUUCCUGAUCGCACACAUUCUCUCUCCAACCAAAAUAAGACACUUACAUUCAAUCAACUGUCUUUGUCUGAUGAUGGAAAAUACCAGUGUGCAGCAAGCAAUUCUGUGAGCAAUGUGACCAGCAUAGCCUACAUUCUGAUAGUUAACUAUGGUCCGUGGUCCCCUGCAAUUUCUGGCCCAGCCAUAGCUGAAGUAGGUUCUAAUGUGACAUUAAAUUGCUCUGCCUUCUCUCAACCUGCCAGUCAAUACAGCUGGUUCUUCCAAGGUUCUCGAGUGGCAGAGGGCGCUGUGUAUCAGGCUUACUCUCUUUCACUAAACAGCAGUGGAGAAUACGUUUGUCUAGCCCAAAAUAACAUCACAGGAGGAAACAGCAGUGCUACAUGGAACUUAACUGUCAUUGUGGGAAUUUCCUCAGUGGUGGUGACUCCUAGUACUCUUAUCCCUGUGGCAUCCAAGGAUAUGCAGCUCUUCUGUAAUGUGACUGGCAUUUUUAAAAGCAUCCAUUGGCUAAAAGACAGCCAGCCAUUAAAUACAACAACCACAAUAUCCAUGAAUGACACCACUGUAGAUUUCCAUCCUCUUCAGAUCACUGAUGAUGGAUCAUAUCAGUGUGUUGCCACAAAUAUUUUCCGAGCACAUCAUAGCCAGCCGUUCAGUUUAAUAGUUAACUAUGGGCCAGUGGACGUGACUAUAACAGCUAACAACAAUAUCAACAUUGUUUUACUUUGCAAUGCGAAGUCUCAGCCACCAAGUGUUUACCAAUGGCUCUUCAACAACAUUGUCAUUAAAGAGGAUGCCACAUUAGUUUUACCCCUAAUGACUCCUGUGGGUAACACAUACACCUGUGUGGCCAAAAACCCUCUGACCAAUAACACAUUGUCUAAAUCCUAUGUUCUUCCAGACCGUAGUGCAGCAGCUCCUCUUCAGACUAACGUGUUGCUGACAACCUUGUGUGCUCUUGUUUUGCCUGCAUUAAUGCUGAUGAAGCCCUUUUAAGCUGCUGAUUUAGCUCGCUAACAAAUCGACAGAUAUUUAACAAAAACAGAUAUUUCAAUCAAUUAAAAAUGUUCCUAAAGCGUUAUAAUAUUAAAGAUAUUUAACUAUUAAUUUCUAAACAAAUCAUACAUUGUCUGUGGAAAUACAGUGAUCUUUGUGGUGAGAUGGUUGUUUUAUUAGAAACAUAAAUAAUGGUAGACAACCAUGAACUUAGAGCUGUUUUCCAGAGAAAGUCUUACUGACAUCAUGCAAAGAUCUGGGUGACAACAGGGCAAGCCUCAGCAUUUUAUUUCUCUAUUUUGCUAAAUCAAUCAACCAUCAAAUCAUUCAUAGUACAUAGUAUUCAUAGUUCAUUUUGCCAGGACAUGCCAGGACAUGGGAAUAAAGAUGUUUUUCAGAAUGAUCAAUGAUACAUUCUCAUUUGUGUUUGCUGAUUUCCAUGCACAAUUUUUUGCUAGCUACUUUAUACUUACUAUACUUUUUUCUUUUUUUUUUUUGAUAGAAAAAUAGUAAAACCACUAUCAUGUUCUUCAUCCUUUAAAGAUCAUCAUAAGUUACUGCUUGUACUAACACUUUAUUUAUUUAUUUUUUUAAACAAUCAUGAACCAUGCACGCUUUCAUUCAAACUACAUUGUAUUACGUUUAUAUUUAUGCUUUUGUUACGUAAUUGAGCUUAUACAUCACAGAUAAUACACUGAAUGAUACUGCUUUAUUAUUUUUAUUGACAAUGAAUUACAGUGUAAUAAAGUAUAACUAAAAUUAUAUGGAAACAAUAUCACCAGAAAGCACAUUCUAUUUGAAAAUGUUAUCUAUAUUCUGCAUACAAUCUGUAUACUAGUUCUGUGUAAUAUCGUACAUGGAAGAAAUUAUUAAUGGUA